ACUUGGUGAGUUAUGUGCAUGUGUUGACAGUGCAUACUAUGAAUAAUUAGUACAUGCUAUGAAUUAGAUAGUACAUGCUAUGAAUUGUUACUUAAUAGAUGCAUAUCCUGAUGAUACAGCUAAUUUCACUACUACAACUGCUCCUCCUCCACCUACUAAUACUACUACCCAGUCAUCCUCUACUGUCACAACUGUUUCAGCAGGUCUUAUUGUUAAUGCUGUUAUCCUGACAUCAUUGGGUGUUGUCAUAUUAUCAUUGAUGAUGUGUCUCAUUGUAUCAGUUUGUUCUGCCAUUAUCUAUAAAAGGAAAUUACAUAGAGCUACCUCAUUACAAAAACAGGAAGCAUCUACUGCAACUAAUGAAGCACACCAGAUUAAAAGUUUAAUGGUUUAUAGUAAUCAAGCUUAUGGAGAAAUAGAAAGAAACAGAGGAGAAUCAAUCAAUAAUCCAGUUUAUGGCGAAAUAGAAGGAAACCAAGGUGAAUUAAUCAAUAAUCCAGCUUAUGAAGAAAUAGAAGGAAACAGAGGAGAAUUAUUAAUCAUUAAUCCAGUUUAUGGAGAAAUAGAAGGACACAGUGGAGAAUUAAUCAAUAAUCCAGCUUAUAUGGAAAUAGAAGAAAACAGAGGAGAAUUAGUCAAUAAUCCAGCUUAUGGAGAAAUGAACUACUUGUGAAAGUAACAGUAUAAUCUACAUUGACUACAUUGUACAAGUUAAACACUAAAGUCAUUUUACUUUCAGCUUUACUGUUUA